AUGCAACCGAAAUCCAUAACUCUACUACAAAAGAUAGAUUCCAUAGUUGAGCAGAUCUUGCUCAAGUUUCAAAACAUCUUGGAGGUCCUCACAAAUGACCAGAAACCGAAGGAAUUACUAUCGAUUGAAUCAUUGACGAUUGAAAGUAAUGCCAUACAGAUAAUCAGAUUCAGCCAGGACUUGUUGUCGAUACUGCGGAGUUUGAAGGAAAGCUGGAUAUUAAGUAGUGUGAAAGUAAAGGGGCGUGACGAGGGUGGUGCUGUGGGUGAUGCUACUGUUUCUCGAGUGGAUCACGCAGACUUGGUGACGAAUUGGAAUGAAGCUCAAGUUGACAAAGUCACUAAACUAUUUAACGAAUUGACUGAUAAAAUAGCGACUUUUGAAAAACCGAUGUCGCAGACUGCUUGA